AUGGCACAGAAUAACAUCUUUCUAGUGAAAGCUGUGCAAGACAUUUUAUCAUGUACACAGCGAAAACAAGUACAAGUCAAUGAGAUAUGUGAAGUGAUCAAAAAACAAAUCAAAGAGGCGAAUUACGGAGACGAUUUGAUGAAAGGAAAAGAACAAUUGAUUUCCCCUCUUAUUGAGGUCAUCGAAGAGUCACACAAAGCAAAGAACUACUUGAUGUGUUGCAAAGUAAUUGAUUUGAUCGAGAAGUUGUUACUCUACCAAUCAAUUAAACACGUUGAAAUCACAUACAAAGGGCAAUCCGUGGACGUGUUGGUUACUUUGAUUAAUGUCUUGUCAUCACUCUUUCGAUACAAUUCACUUCAAACCAAUUUAUAUGUCGCAAAGUGCAUGACCACAAUUGUUGACAAAUUCUCAAUUACUUUAUCUACGCCCUUUAUUAUAGCUAUUUUCAAAACAAUAUAUGAUAUGUACAUCAUCACACAACCUUCAGACACAAACAAUGGAGCUUAUAAGAUGUGUAUUGGAAGAAUAGUAGAUAUUGUUGUAUCAAAGAUGAAUCAAAAAAGUGAGGUGAAUGGAGAAUAUCUCAAAGGAAAUAUCCAACAAGGAACGGCUUUACUCUUUUGCAUGUCACAAUAUGCUACAGAGAACUGGACAGAAAGAACACUUAAUUUGGGGAUGUAUAACAAUUAUGUGCAGACUAUCACAAAUGAAGCAAAGGCGUAUGUCAACAUGAAGUCGAAGAGAAUGGUACUCCCACUGAUAAAAUCAUAUUUAGACAACUUCCCACCAGAAUUAGUGGUACAAGACAUCAUCACUCCCAAGUUUGUAGGCGACUUGACGGAGCCUAUCAUAGUCAAUUCACUCGACUCAACUGAAAGUGUACUCAAGAUGUCUAUAGAGAUCUUAGACAUUUCGAUAGCGAAGUAUCGGAAAUACAUGAGGAACAAUUUAGGGUUACUCUUCAGUAAAGUAGUGACUGUACUUUUAGAGGGGAAUAGUGUUCAGCGACAGUUGAUAGUACUUGAGUUUGUUAAGAAACUAGUGAAGAGUGGUACUACUAUUAUCGAGUUGUUUGUGAACUACGACUGUGAGGUAAGCAGUCCAAAUGUAUUUGAGGACAUUGUGAGAUGCGUUGUGAAACUUCUUCAAACACCCGAACUCAGUGCUUUAUGUAUGGAAGUCUUGAGUCGGUUAUACAUGUUGAUGACCACAGCGACUGAACAUUGGGAGAGUGACUUACAUAAAUUACUGAAAGAGGAAGACCCCGUAGUUCCCGAGUCGACGAUUAACAUCAUCCAACUCAAACAACAGAAGAAAAUAGUGACUGAUGGUCUUGCGGAGUUUGAAAAAUCGCCGAAGAAAGGGAUAGCAUUUUUCAUUGAAAAGGAGAUGUGUACUAACACGGCCUCGUCCAUCGUCACAUUUUUGCACCAAUUAAGUGGGCUUGAUAGAAAAGCUUUUGGCGAUUACUUAGGUGGGAUAGAUCCACUGAAUCAAGAGUGUUUAAAGGAACUUUUGAAGAAAUUGGAUUUUUCCAAGUUGAGUAUCGACGAAUCAAUGCGAAUCAUGUUUGCUGCAUUUGUGAUGGGUGGGGAGUCACAAGUAGUUGGUCGAGUGUUAACUGCGUUCUCCGAGAGGUAUAGUGAGUGUAAUCCCGGUGUCUUCGAUAACAUUAGUGUGGACGAGAUCUAUCAAAUAGCAAUGUCGAUUAUAUGCUUGUCGACGGAGACGCAUAAUCCGAACGCGAAGGUCAAAGCGUUUGAUACAUACGACAAGUUUAGAGAUGUUAUAUUGUCUGAUAGAGGAUUUAACAUAAAAAUGAAUGAAGACCCAUUGAAAGGGAUAUUUGAGCGAGUCGUAGCGACUCCAUUCACUAUCGCACAAAAGGACGAUGAGCCACAAAAGUCCACAAUUAUAAGAGAACAAGGGGUCUAUAACUAUGAAGCUUCGCAUGAAGUUGUUCGCGAGAUGCACGUCUUCAUUUAUAAAAAUGUCUGUUACGAAGUGAUGCGGUUCUGUUUUGUGACACGAGACGAAAAGAUGAUGAACAGAGGAGUGACUUUAUUACAGUCUGCGCUGCACUUAAGUGCCAUUUUCUUCUUAGUUGAUUCAUUGGAUUAUAUCAUUCAAUUGAUGCGGUCACUGGCGUGCAUAGAUCAACCACAAUACAUCGAAGAAAGGCAUUUGUUAGUGAUCAGAUCAUUGCUAAGUGUUGCGCAGAAUGACGGCGAGUUCUUGUCGACGGGAUGGAUCCCAUUUUUGAGGUGUUUAUUUGAAAUCGAGCGAUUGCGACAGAUAGCGAGUGGGUGGGGAGAACAGGCGAUAGAAAUCUCAUAUGAGAAGACGGACACUAUCUACCCCAUCGAAUACAAAUUUGAAGAAAAAAAGGUGAAAGAAUUAAAAGAAGGUGAACGACCGAUCCUUCCAUCCGGUGUUAUUACACAAAUCGACGCAAGUGAGAUCAACGAUAUCUUUUGUGCGAGUGGAAAUCUGGGCCAUCGAGGCGCAAAGAACUUUUUCAGCGCGUUGUGCCAAAUUGUGUUGGAACAAAUUGAUCAAAGGACCCCAGGACUGUUUGCGUUCCAGAUAUUAGUCGUUGUAGCUACUUCGAAUAAAGAACGUGAUGAAGUACAUUGGGCCCCAUUUUGGGACUCGUUGUCGUCCCUUUUUAGAAAGUGUUGUAUGCACCCCAAUGAACUCGUCGCAAUGGGUGCCGUCGACUGUUUAAAGCAAUUGGUUUCAUUGUUUUCAACUGUUAAAGAAGAAAACUGUGAGAACCAAAAACGGGCACUUGAGCCAUUUGUGUAUGUCUUAGCUGACCAUCAAGAUGAACGAGUGAAAGAAUUGGUGCUAGCCGGGAUCCAAAUGUUAGUCAAUAAUUCCAAUUGGAUAAGUAACAUGAAGUCGGGGUGGAGGAUUUUAUUUGAAUGUGUGAGGAUAUCUGCGGAAGAAGAGAAGAUUCGGAUGUGUGGCUUUGAGCUACUUAAAAAGUUUUAUAACGAACAUAUAGAAGAGGUGAACAAGGAAUUCACUGUUUUUGUUAAUUCGCUGAUUUCAUUCCAAAAGAAUGGGAAUGCGAGUGGAGAGGAGUACAACAGAGAGAUUGUGAGAAUGUCUGGAGAGAUCUUAAAAGGAGCAGAUGAAUACAUUGAAGGGAGUGAAAUGGAGAGUAUUGAGAACAUACAAGACGUUGCAGAGACACAUAUGACACCAAUGUAUCUCCAGAAUUUGCCGAAAAACGCUGAGGUCUACUUAAUAAAGUACUUGCCUUUAUUCACAUCAUUAGCUGCAAGUGCGACAGGAAAGUACGAGUCUGUAGCGGAAUAUGCGAUUAAGGUAAUAACACAAGAGUUGCUUCAACUGUCACCAGAACUCACUGAAAUAGUGUUUUACCGCUCACUUUAUCGAUGCUGUGUACCUGAAUUUCCACAUGAAAAUCAACGAGUGCUUGGGUGUGUGUAUUCGGCUUGUUUACAGUUGCCAAUCAAACUGACCCUUCCUGUUGUCUCCUUUGCAUUUAAUGUACUUUUGAACCAUGAAAAGGCGUGGGAAGAAACAGCCAAUUUUUUGAAAGAGUUCAUCGUACACAAAGAUUUCAAUGAAGUCGCAAAUCUCUAUUUAGACCAAGAAGCACUUUACUUUAAACGGGUGGUCGAAGCUAUUAAAGGCAUUUCAUCGUCGACUGUGGGGAAGAAUCAAAGAGUGAAACCAAACAAUGUUAUUCCAUGUGAGAAAUGUGGAGCUAAAAACGUCGUCUAUUUCAUGUACCGAUGUGCUGGAUGUUUUCAACAUUAUUAUUGCGAGAAGUGUUGUGUCAAUGCCCACACACUCGAGUGCAUUAGACAUUGGAAGAAGUGGAGAAUAAUACAGAACGGAUUGAGUACAAUAGCAUCGAAAGGUUUAAUACAAUAUAUCAGCGCAGUAGAAGAUUUGCCAAUCACUGAAAGGAUGUUAAAACAACUUGAAAGCCUUCAAGACAAUUUGUUUGACACAAUGGAGAAAUUGCCAUUGGAAAGCAUAGCAGAGAACUACGAAAUAGUCGUGAAAGCGAUCGUUACAAAGCACGUUGAUGGGUUGGAGAUAUUACAUGACAUCUCUUUGGACUACUUAAAGAAAGUAUUCACCAAACGAAUUCAAUAUUACUCGGCAAAUAGUUUCAUGAGGUGCAACUCAAAAGAACUCCUUUUAUACGUCUUGGACCAAUUCGUCAAAGUCGAAAACAAGGACUUUUUGGAAAUGGUCCAAUUCGCACAUUCCUCAAUUCUCAAAUUGAUAGCCUCGGACGAUUUGGACGUCCGUAUGAAGGUCAUAGACAUCUUGAGUAAGACGGCUCAGUUAGUCCCCAUCAAAUUGUGA